UAUAGACUGAAGAGCAAUUUGAUGUGAGAAGCACGCACACACAGGAUGUGGCAGACAGGCUCUCUUGAAGUUGAGCAAUCUUUUGCCAUUGGCAGUGUCCAGGCAAGCCUCUACAGACAAGGCGAUCCUGUCAGCUGCAGGAGCACGUGAUAUGGCAUCAUGUCAGGCCCUUCUCCAGCAGCAGUGGAAGUUGCUGACGGCAGGUGCAAGCGGACGACAGCCGCCGCUGCCCUUUUCCACAUUGCCACCAGUGCCUGUAAUUUCGGUGCACUCGCUCCGUUCCCUUCAUAUGUCGCAACCAGCACCCUUGCCCAAAAUGUCGCAUUCAGGACCGCCGCUGGCUUCAAAGUCAGGGCAGCCUUUUCCACAACUUAUUUCAGACUGCAGGAGGCAGCGGGGCACGCGCCACGUUUUGCAUAGGAUGAUGGCCGUUUUGCAUAGGAUGAUGGCAAACUCUAGCAAUGGUGGUGGGAGCGAAAAGUCUUUCGAGGCAGACAUUGAGACUAACGUGAAGCCCGUAAGUGAACUGGGCACAGGCGCUGUUGACACCGAGGAAAGCGAGCAAACGGGGCAACCAAUUGCGGCAUUGCGAUCGCAAGAGACCCCCGACAAUGUCAAUGAAGGUGCAGUGCGUUUUCUGAGGGCUCCCGUGUGGAGGGCGGUGGGGAAGGCGCUGUUGAUACCUGUGGCUCUGCUGGAGCGGACUUUAAAUGGUGAAUGGCUGCGCAAGGAGUGGCGCGUCCCCUGGGGCGUCCACGCCACGUUUGCCGUCUUUUUCGGCUCCCAGUUUGCGGCGGCUGUCAUGGGCCAACUCAGCGAAAACCUCCUGUGUCGCAUCCUGGGGUCGGAGAUCGCCGGGAGCGAGCUGCAGCGCUUUGUUUCGCGGACCGCCGCCUACCUCACGGUCGCCCUUAUCCUGGAGGUGUUCCUUUCCAACCAAAAGAAGAAGCUCGAGGAGAACCCGUUUGAGAUGGGGCGGACGUCUCGGUGGGGGCAGCUCAAGUGGGUGGCCCUUUGGUUGGCAUUCAGGAUCUUGUGGGGGGGGAUCGCGUCCCGGGGGCUCGUACUUUCCGGGAUGUGCGAGCCGCCGUCGGCGUUUCCAAUUGAGCGCAUGCCGCUUACUCUGGAGCACGACAUGCGGCUGGGGAUCGGCGGAGAGGUCGUGGGAGGCCUGAGCGCGGAGACCGUUGCGGGGAUCGCUCGAUUCGCGGGCCCGCUCAAUUCCCUUCUGGACGUCGCGGUCGCCCCCUGGUUCGAGGAGGCGUUCUUCCGGGGUUUCCUCCAGACCUCGCUCGCAUCUGCAAUCCACCCCCUUGGAGCAAUCAUAACAACAGCGUUCUAUCAAGGGCUGGUCUUCACAGGCCGCUUACAUCAGUGCAGCGUACGGCCUACGGUUCUUCACCCGCUGAGCCUCCUCUGGCGGUGGGGUGCCGAAUCCGCGCUGGCUGCUGUGGCGUAUGGUUUCGUAUACCAGAGGACACGCUCGCUGGUGCCAGUAGUGCUGCUGCACCAGCUAGAAAUUGUCUCCAAAAUGCUGAUCGUUCUACAGGAGAGGGCGCUUAUUGGGACGUUCCUGAAAGUGGCCUUGCGGAAAAGUGCUGCAGGACAGUAACGCAUGUUCAUGUAAUUAUGCAAUCAAACAUUCCAAACGAUGCGUAGGGUUGCACUUCGUGUGGAAACCUGUCGAUCAAUCAUGAUAGUCUGGCGUUACUCUAUAUGACGGGAAGGACAACGAAUCUGGAGUUUUGAAGUGGCGGCAAACACGGGUAGCGAGUCAGUCGUAUCCAGAAUGAAGAUGACUCCUGCAUGCCGCAAACUGCCGCCUUGUGCAUGUGUAGGGGUAUAACAUCAUAUAAUCAGCGCUUGCCAGG